UCUGUCCACCAACUGAGGAGGACAAGGGCAGAAGGCAGCUGCACAGAGCAGGGCCACGGCCUUGCACACAGUCCAGGGGGCUUUUGUGCAAGAGCCAGGCCUCUCCCUGGGUCCCAGGAUGAGAGAAUGGGUUCUGCUCAUGUCUAUGCUGCUCUGUGGCCUGGCUGGCCCCACACACCUGUUCCAGCCAAGCCUGGUGCUGGACAUGGCCAAGGUCCUCUUGGAUAACUACUGCUUCCCAGAGAACCUGCUGGGCAUGCAGGAAGCCAUCCAGCAGGCCAUCAAGAGCCACGAGAUUCUGAGCAUCUCAGACCCGCAGACGCUGGCCAGUGUGCUGACAGCUGGGGUGCAGAGCUCCCUGAACGACCCUCGCCUGGUCAUCUCCUAUGAGCCCAGCACCCCGGAGCCUCCCCCACAAGUCCCAGCACUCACCAGUCUCUCAGAAGAGGAACUGCUUGCCUGGCUGCAAAGGGGCCUCCGCCAUGAGGUUCUGGAGGGUAAUGUGGGCUACCUGCGGGUGGACAGCGUUCCGGGCCAGGAGGUGCUGAGCAUGAUGGGGGAGUUCCUGGUGGCCCACGUGUGGGGGAAGCUCAUGGGCACCUCCGCCUUAGUGCUGGAUCUCCGGCACUGCACGGGAGGCCAGAUCUCUGGCAUUCCCUACAUCAUCUCCUACCUGCACCCAGGGAACACCAUCCUGCACGUGGACACUAUCUACAACCGCCCCUCCAACACCACCACAGAGAUCUGGACCUUGCCCCAGGUCCUGGGAGAAAGGUACGGUGCCGACAAGGAUGUUGUGGUCCUCACCAGCAGCCAGACCAGAGGCGUGGCCGAGGACAUCGCGCACAUCCUCAAGCAGAUGCGCAGGGCCAUCGUGGUGGGCGAGCGGACUGGAGGAGGGGCCCUGGACCUCCGGAAGUUGAGGAUAGGCGAGUCUGACUUCUUCUUCACUGUGCCCGUGUCCAGGUCCCUGGGGCCCCUGGGUGGAGGCAGCCAGACGUGGGAGGGCAGCGGAGUGCUGCCCUGUGUGGGGACACCGGCCGAGCAGGCCCUGGAGAAAGCCCUGGACAUCCUCACUCUUCGCAGCGCCCUUCCAGGGGUGGUCCACUGCCUCCAGGAGGCACUGAAGGACUACUACACGCUGGUGGACCGUGUGCCUACCCUGCUGCAGCACCUGGCCAGCAUGGACUUCUCCACGGUGGUCUCCGAAGACGAUCUGGUCACCAAGCUCAAUGCCGGCCUGCAGGCUGCAUCGGAGGAUCCCAGGCUCCUGGUGCGAGCCAUCAGGCCCAGAGAAACCCCAUCUGGGCCAGUGCCCGAUGCUGCAGCUGAAGACCCACCAGGGGCAGCCCCAGAGUUGCCUGAGGACGACGCUAUCCGGCAAGCACUGGUGGAGUCUGUGUUCCAGGUGUCGGUGCUGCCGGGCAACGUGGGCUACCUGCGUUUCGAUAGUUUUGCUGACGCCUCCGUGCUGGGUGUUUUGGCCCCAUAUGUCCUGCGCCAGGUGUGGGAGCCUUUACAGGACACGGAGCACCUCAUCAUGGACCUGCGCCACAACCCCGGAGGGCCAUCCUCCGCUGUGCCCCUGCUCCUGUCCUACUUCCAGGGCCCCGAGGCCGGCCCCGUGCACCUCUUCACCACCUAUGAUCGCCGCACCAACAUCACACAGGAGCACUUCAGCCACAUGGAGCUCCCGGGCCCACGCUACAGCACCCAACGUGGGGUGUAUCUGCUCACCAGCCACCGGACCGCCACGGCCGCCGAGGAGUUCGCCUUCCUCAUGCAGUCGCUGGGCUGGGCCACGCUGGUAGGUGAGAUCACCGCGGGCAACCUGCUGCACACCCGCACCGUGCCGCUGCUAGACACGCCGGAAGGCAGCCUCGCGCUUACCGUGCCGGUCCUCACCUUCAUCGACAAUCACGGCGAGGCCUGGCUGGGUGGUGGAGUGGUGCCUGAUGCCAUCGUGCUGGCGGAGGAGGCCCUGGACAAAGCCCAGGAAGUGCUGGAGUUCCACCAGAGCCUGGGGGCCUUGGUGGAGGGCACAGGGCACCUGCUGGAGGCCCACUAUGCUCGCCCAGAAGUCGUGGGCCAGACCAGUGCCCUGCUGCGGGCCAAGCUGGCCCAGGGCGCCUACCGCACAGCUGUGGACUUGGAGUCUCUGGCCUCUCAACUCACAGCAGACCUGCAGGAGGUGUCUGGGGACCACCGCCUGCUAGUGUUCCACAGCCCUGGUGAGCUGGUGGUAGAGGAAGCACCCCCACCACCCCCUGCUGUCCCCUCUCCAGAGGAGCUCACCUACCUUAUUGAGGCCCUGUUUAAGACAGAGGUGCUGCCCGGCCAGCUGGGCUACCUGCGUUUUGACGCCAUGGCUGAACUGGAGACAGUGAAGGCCGUGGGGCCACAGCUUGUGCGGCUGGUAUGGCAACAGCUGGUGGACACCGCUGCGCUGGUGAUCGACCUGCGCUACAACCCUGGCAGCUACUCCACGGCCAUCCCGCUGCUCUGUUCCUACUUCUUUGAGGCAGAACCCCGCCAGCACCUGUAUUCUGUCUUUGACAGGGCCACCUCGAAAGUCAUGGAGGUGUGGACCCUGCCUCAGGUCGCGGGCCAGCGCUAUGGCUCACACAAGGAUCUCUACAUCCUGAUGAGCCACACCAGUGGCUCUGCGGCCGAGGCCUUUGCACACACCAUGCAGGACCUGCAGCGGGCCACGGUCAUUGGGGAGCCCACAGCUGGAGGGGCACUCUCUGUGGGCAUCUACCAGGUGGGCAGCAGCCCCUUAUACGCAUCCAUGCCCACCCAGAUGGCCCUGAGUGCCACCACAGGCAAGGCCUGGGACCUGGCUGGCGUGGAGCCCGACAUCACUGUGCCCAUGAGCGAAGCCCUUUCCACAGCCCAGGACAUAGUGGCUCUGCGUGCCAAGGUGCCCACGGUGCUGCAGACGGCCGGGAAACUGGUGGCUGAUAACUAUGCUUCCGCCGAGCUGGGGGCCAAGAUGGCCGUCAAACUGAGCGGUCUGCAGAGCCGCUACUCCAGGGUGACCUCAGAAGUGGCCCUGGCCGAGAUCCUGGGGGCCGACCUGCAGAUGCUCUCCGGAGACCCACACCUGAAGGCAGCCCAUAUCCCUGAGAAUGCCAAGGACCGCAUUCCUGGAAUUGUCCCUAUGCAGAUCCCUUCCCCUGAAGUCUUUGAAGAGCUGAUCAAGUUUUCCUUCCACACUAAUGUGUUUGAGGACAACAUUGGCUACUUGAGGUUUGACAUGUUUGGGGACGGUGAGCUGCUCACCCAGGUCUCCAAGCUGCUGGUGGAGCACAUCUGGAAGAAGAUCAUGCACACGGAUGCCAUGAUCAUCGACAUGAGGUUCAACAUCGGUGGCCCCACAUCCUCCAUUCCCAUCUUGUGCUCCUACUUCUUUGAUGAAGGCCCUCCAAUUCUGCUGGAUAAGAUCUACAGCCGGCCUGAUGACUCCAUCAGUGAACUCUGGACACACGCCCAGGUUGUAGGUGAACGCUAUGGCUCCAAGAAGAGCAUGGUCAUUCUGACCAGCAGUGUGACGGCCGGCACUGCGGAGGAGUUCACCUACAUCAUGAAGAGGCUGGGCCGGGCCCUGGUCAUCGGGGAGGUGACCAGCGGGGGUUGCCAGCCACCACAGACCUACCACGUGGAUGACACCAACCUCUACCUCACUAUCCCCACGGCCCGUUCUGUGGGGGCCUCGGAUGGCAGCUCCUGGGAAGGGGUGGGGGUGACACCCCAUAUGGUUGUCCCUGCAGAAGAGGCUCUCACCAGGGCCAAGGAGAUGCUCCAGCACAACCAACUGAGGGUGAAGCGGAGCCCAGGCCUGCAGGACCACCCGUAGGGAAGGGCCCCGUAGGCAGAGCCCCAGGACAAACAGAACCUCUGGGAUACACACCAAGGGCACUCCUGCAGGUGGCCCGGCCUGAGGUUCCCAGGGGCAGCAGAGGGGCCUGCUGAGCUCUGGUUAGGCUAGAGCUGGAGGUAUGUAUACAUACACACACACACACACACACGUAUAUACACAUAUAUAUGUGUAUGUAUAUGUAUACAUAUAUAUAUGGCUUUCCAAUAACAACCUGAAUUUUUAAAAAGUUCCUUCUAGGUGGUAGAACUUGGGGUGGUAUUUUUACCUUUCUUCUUCAUACUUUGCUCUUUUUCUUAAAUACUCAUUAAUGUGCAUAUAUCAUUAUUUUCAGAUGCAACUGUCAUUAUUCCAAAAUAUAAAAAAUAAAGAAGAUAAAAUAAAUUAUAUAACUGAGCCAUUAACCACAA